GACACGUACACUCGACUCAGACUCAGCCGGCCACCAGCAUGCAGUGCGCGCGCUCCGAUCGACGACCGAGUACCGUACCUGGUAAAUUCCUAAGACAGGCACGAAGAGCAGAGGAAAACACUUUGGAUUACUGGAAAACCAUCCGAACUGAAUUAACAACAUUACAUCCAUCAAGAUGUCUCCUGUUGUAGCUCGUCUGGUGGAAUGUGUGCCAAAUUUUUCAGAAGGCCAGUCUAAAGAGAUCGUAGAUGCCAUCAGUAGUACUGUAGCACAAACACCAGGAUGUCAACUCCUUGAUGUAGAUCCUGGUCCAUCAACCAACCGUACAGUCUAUACCUUCGUAGGCUCACCUGCAGCUGUCGUAGAGGGAGCUCUAAACAUGGCACGGGUUGCUAGGAGUCUGAUUGAUAUGAGAAUCCAUCAGGGUGAGCAUCCUCGUAUGGGUGCAUUGGAUGUGUGUCCAUUUAUUCCAAUAAGUGGUGUUACUAUGGAAGACUGUAAUCAGUGCGCUGUACAGUUUGGAAGAAGAUUGGGAGAGGAGCUUCAAGUUCCAGUGUACCUGUAUGCAUUCUCAGCGCGGCAGGAGAAGAGACGAAAGUUGCCUUCCAUUAGAGCAGGAGAGUAUGAAGGAUUGGAGGCCAAGCUGGCAGACCCAGAAUGGAAGCCAGACUUUGGUCCAACUGAGUUUGUGCCUACUUGGGGUGCCACAGCAACCGGAGCUCGUAAAUUCCUGAUUGCAAUGAAUGUGAAUGUACUUGGAACCAAGGAACAGUCUCAUCGUAUUGCCCUGGACAUAAGAGAGCAGGGGAGAGGUCAAGAUCAGCCUGGCCCUCUGAAAUCUGUCCAAGCGAUCGGUUGGUGGUUAGAUGAGUAUAACCUUGCACAGGUUUCUAUGAAUCUGACGGAUAUUGACCAGACUCCAAUGCAUGUAGCAUAUGAAGAAUGUGUGACCAGAUCUAAGACGAUUAAUGUAGGUCUAUGUGGUGCCCAACUUGUUGGUCUCAUCCCAUUGAGAGCUAUUAUGGAGGCUGCUGACUACUACUGCAAGAAAGAAAAUCUUUUCAUCAUGGAAGACUCACAAAGAGUCAGAUUGGUUGUUGAUCGUCUUGGUUUGAGUUCAUUAGAACCUUUUAAUCCAAGAGAAAAGAUCAUUGAGUAUAUGGUUGAUAGUGUUAGUGAUGGACCUCUUUCCUCUAUGACACUGAAAUCUUUCAUCCUGAAUGUUGGAGCUAGGUCAUCUGCUCCUGGUGGAGGCUCAGUCUCUGCUGCUAUUGGAGCUAUGGGAGCUGCGCUUGGGUCCAUGGUAGGCUGGAUGUCAUAUGGAAACAAGAAAUUUGAAGCUCUGGACAGUACUAUGAGAAAACUAAUACCCCCAUUGAGAGAUGCCAUGCACGACCUCCUCCCCAUGAUAGAUGCUGAUACAGCAGCAUUCUCUGCUUACAUGAGCGCUAUGAAGCUUCCAAAAGGCAGUGAUGAAGAAAAAGUUAUUCGAGAUGAAAGCAUGAAAUCUGCAAUGAAAGAUGCUGUAGCCGUCCCAAUGAAUGUAGCCAUCACUGUGAAUGCAUGCUGGGAUACCAUGAAGGAAAUGGCUCGCUAUGGCAACAUACAAUGCAAGUCGGACCUUCAGGUUGGUUCUAAGGCCAUGGAGCUAGCUGUUUGGGGAGCUUAUUAUAAUGUGAUGAUAAAUCUGCCUAACAUAGCAGAUCAGGAGUACAGGGAUAAGUGUCUCGAUUCUAAAAAAAAUGAAGGCCUAUGCUAACCCUGUGCUCUCGCAUUUUGGCUAAAGAAGACAUUGAGACUUUCCUGAAGGUGGCACAAGAUGGCACCAGUGAUGUUUUGGAAAUCAUAGCAGAUCGCACAGAGUGAAUUAAUGAUGAUGCUCAACUGUGACAGGAUUGAACCAGUGUUAUGAUGAGUUAUUGAUGUGCCCUUUUCAUAGGUUUAGACCAAUGUCAUCGUGAUGAAUUUACCCUCAUACCCAUUCUGGGGAAUUUCAGCUUGCAGUUUUCUGAUGUAGUAUUAAAGAUUUAUUAAAUGGACUGAUGAAGGUCACAUGUAGCUCGUAAUAAUCAUCAUCUGCCUUGCAAAAGCUAUUUUUUGAAGUGUGGAAUUGAGUUUGAAUUUUACAAAAUGUAAUUUUGUAAACUGAUGUAGCUUUCUUGACUUAUACAAGACUUAUUUUGUCAGCUGUUUCUCAUAUAGCUCCACCUUGAAUUGUAGGUUUGGAAAGUUUAUAUUCUUUCAUGACAGCAUUUCAUCAACAUUUGUCAACUGAAAAAAUCAGAUCUUACAGCUUUCCUUGAUUUGAUAUGGUAAGAAGCACAAGUGAUUUGACUGUAACUGUUAGAUGAAACAUCAAACCAUUCAUGAAAUGCUCCCAAGGUCCAGUAGUCCUAGGUCCAUCUCCAAACUAUUCAAUAUACGGUCAAGAGGCUGAUCUUUCUCACUAGGUUUAAUGUGAAUUACACAUCCCACUGAUAUGCAGUGAGUUUUGAUAAGAGCGCUAUGAAACACCUUGAAAUGCACCCCCUAGAUGUGUUCUUCUCAUGUAAUAUGCUACAUGUAUGUCAUCAAGAAGCUGCAUUGUCUCUUUCUUCUCGCCCAGUGUAACCAUAGCUUGUAAGACCCAGCAAGAUUAUUUAUCAAUUAAAAAAAAAUAUGUGAUGAUAAUCCACAGGAUUUAUAUUGUGCCAUAUUUCUGACAAAAACAUUCAUAGGCGCAGGCUCAUCCAAUUAAGCUAAAUUAAUACACAUCUGCUGAAAUAAGUGAGUAUUAAGAGAGAAAUGCGCAGAGAUGCAAUAUGACAUGUUGAAUAUUUCUAAUUUUCUAAUUGUAUUAUAUUUUGCUAAUAAUAUCUAAGUCAAUGAAAUUGGUCCUUUCAAGUAUUCUGAGUCAGCUGCCAACAAAUUUCUUGGUUUCAGUUUGGUUUUGGUUUAUUUUCAUAUCUCAAAAAAUAUCAAAUACAAUGUAACGUCCAUCAAAAGACAGUAAAUCAUUAAUAAUAAGAUAAUACAAUAUUCAUAAUAAGACAAAUGUUAUACAAUUGAACGUUCAGAUUGGAGACAGAUAUAUUAAUAAGAUGAUGAUAUGUAGGGCAAACUAUUAAAAAGCAGAGCUUGUGAUUUAUAGUUUCCUAUUAAUAAAAUUAUAAGUAAUUGUCAUCUUGUUUUAAUAUCAAUAUGUUACAAGAAAAGAAAGAGAGAGAAAAAAAAUAUUUCCUAU